CGCUCCCUUGACGGUAUUCACUGCAAGCGGACGGAAACGGUAUCCCAUAAUCACUGUAGUGACAUGGAUGAUUGCGCGCCGUCAGCGCGGGGCAGCUAACGUUAGACCCCGUAGACCGUUCAUCAUCUUGGUAUUGCGCAUAUCACGACAAACAAAGUAUAAGCGGUGCGUCCUGUGAAAGAUAAACACCAGGUAUAUAUGUAGAGGGCAUGCAAGGCACACGAGUCCAUCCUCACCCCUGUACACAUCGCAACUCAACUCUGUAUCUUGCUUGACCGUUUUAAUAAUGUCUGACCUACGCUCUGCCACCGUUGCUGUCAACUUGACACUGAUUGUGUUGACUUCCCUCGCUAUCAGCUGUCGUAUUGGAAGGAAGAUCAAGAUACUGAGCAGCUUCGGCUGGCAUGAUGCUCUUGCUACCUUUGCCGGGUCUUGCGCCAUCGUUCUAUCAUGCAUCCAGAUGUACGCCACGCGUCUCGGAGCAGGUCUACACGAGGCAGACCUCGACCCAGCCAACAUGGAGAUGCUCCUCAAGAUGGUUAUGGCCGCCUUGAUCUUCUACUUCACCGUCAAUUGGGCCGUCAAGCACUCCCUCCUCUUCUUCUACGCCGAGCUCACCUUCGAGCCGUGGGCCCGCCGUUGCAUCUUCAUCAUGCACAUCGUCGCCUUCUCCUUCGGUCUCACCUGCGUCGUAACCAGCAUCUUCCAAUGCAUUCCCGUGGCGAAAUGGUGGGACCCAACCAUCGAGGGCUACUGCAUCAACCUGUCCGAUUUCUCCUACUUCAACUCCAUCUUCAUGGUGGCCUGCGAUCUCGUCCUCUACAUCCUCCCCGUCAUCUUCACCUGGAACGUCAAGCUCCGCCGCCACCACCGCAUCGCCGUCAACAUCCUCUUCGCCAUGGGCGGACUCGUCCUCGCUGCAAGCGCAACACGCGUCUACUUCGUCCACCGGCUCGCCAUUAUGGGCGAUUUCCCCUUCCAAUACGCUGCAUCUAUGAUCUGCGCUGUUGUGGAGAAUCACCUUGCCGUCAUCGUCGCCUGCGCUCCUAGCAUCAAAGCCGUCCUCAUCCGCUACUACCCCAGCCUGCAAAGCAAGUUCGAGCGCAUCGUCAGCGACGAGGGCUCAAAGGGCAAAGCAUACCGGACUGGGAGCAGCGAUCGUGCUACGUAUGACCCUGAGGCUGGAACCAAUGGCAGCGAAGAUGUCAAGCUGCAGAUUGUCAAGACGCAGGAUGUCAAGAUUGAGAGGCCAGAUGCGAACCGUAUGAUUACGGGUAGCAGUGGGAAGAGUGAGGGUAGUCUGCUGGGACGGUGGUGGCGGGCGCCUAACAACUGGAAUGUCAGCGUUGAGAGUCAGGGCAAGUAAGAUGGAGGAUUGUGUAUAUUUGUAGUCGUUUCGAGGUUGAUUCCCCUUUCUUUCUGUCCAAUACCAGAUCCAUGUAGUCCUCACACCAAGUGCAU